AUGUCAUCCCACAGCGUCGACGACAUCUCCGACAACGACAAUCAGAGCCAACAGCUGUCUGGUGAAGGCCACAGCAUCACUAAGACUCUUACAAGUUGCAAGACAGGAUCAGUGCAGACUCUUGCGUCCCAAGGCAAUCCCCCGGCUCCAUCUCGCAUUACUUGGUCAAAUCAACGCACUGACCGCAUAAUGGAUUGGCUCGAGAAACAUCCUGUGCGACGUCAAAUGCUUUUUUCUGAUUCCUUAUCUGUAGCUAGGGGAGAAAAUCGGCCAGUUGUGAGGAACACCAAGAGCGUCAGGGUCCCAAUUGUCAGAAGAAUUGCUCGACAUGUCUUCAAGAACGACUCAAAGGAAGAACUCCGCAUUGCAGUUGACCAUCACCGCAAGCAAUUUGGAGAAUCAGUGCAAUCAAGACUCGACCACCUCGGGAAAAAAUAUAAGGAGUGUGUGCGCACAUUGUCAGGUACAGGUGCUGGAUUGUCUGCUGAAGAGUUGGCUUCGUCGGGUUUUAGCAACCCUAUUGAGAAAGUGCGUGGGCAGUUCAGAUGGUGGGAUCGUCUGCAUGCAAUGUGGAAGUCAUCGCCAAAGUACACAUCACAACCCGAGUCGUCCCUGCCUGGCCAAAAUCUCGAAAGUAGUGCUAUGUCGCUGCUGUUCGGUGCAAAGGCUGAUCAAGAUCCCAUGGACAACAGCAACUGCCAGAGCAAUGGUGACUGGAGCCUCAUGGAAUACGAGGAUGGUAGUUUAGUUCAGACGUCACAACACAGCAUGCAUCACCCUACGCCUCAGCAGCAGUUCGCUAGUCAGCAGCAGCAAUAUUUGGCCCUCCCUCAGCAGCAGUUCGCUAGUCAGCAGCAACAAUAUUCGGUCCUCCCUCAGCAGCAGUUCGCUGGCCAGCAACAAUACACUGGUCAACAGCAGCAGCAGUUUACCGGCCAGCAGCAAUAUGCUGGUCAGCCACAGCAGCAGUUUAACGGCCAGCAGCAAUAUGUUGGUCAGCCGCAGCAGCAGUUUAACGGCCAGCAGCAAUAUGUUGGUCAGCCGCAGCAGCAGUUUACCGGCCAGCAGCAAUAUGCUGGUGUUAGCACUCAGUCUUUUGGCGGGAACCAUGUAUAUAGGAACCCACUACCCUUUCCCGCCCAUCCCUCUUUUUCUAGUGCAUCAUUUGACAGUUUUAACUCCUCGACUCCUUCUGUACACUCAGUUUCGUCGCUCAAUUGGCCUCCCACUCUUGCACCAACCCCAAGUACACCAGCCACAAUUGCUUCGCAAUCUGAUCAUUCGCUUGUGACGGGGCCAUCCACUACUUCAGUUCUUACGUCGCCAUCCGCCACAUCUCUUCCUGGCACGAGGUCUGUUACCGCUAUUCGUCGGCAAAGUCUCCAAGCGAGCGCCAGUGCAAUCCGGGGCUCUCAAGAUGCUUCCUUGAGUCAGACGCCUGCGCGAGGUGAAGAUGACUCCCUGAGUCAGACACCUUCACGAGCAUCCAAAAAAGGCAAAGGGAAAUGGGCGCGUGUUGAUGAUGCACCAAACAACCCAGCAGAUGAUGUAUCACAGACUCGCCCCUCCGAAGCUGAUCAGAUGGCAGACUUCAUGCAGCCAAUCAUUCAGUCUGCAAAAGAGCAAGAGACUGCAGCAUUGGAGGUCAAGCGGCUGAAACUAGUUCACGGAAGCGACGUCAUACGGUACAAGAGUCUCAAAGUGCAAUCUAAAAUAGACGAAACAAAGAAAGAAGAACAGAUUGAGAUCACUAGGUUGCAGGUGGAGCAGGAUCUGAAGAUGGAGGAGAUGAGGCUGAAUACACACAGGAUGGAGAAUGACGCAAAGAACAACAUGGAGAUGAAGAAAUUUGAGUUGUUGGCACGCCUGGGCGUAUUUGGAAACCAAGGCGGAAACCAACAAGUUAACAUGUUACGUGGCCUGCUAGGAUCCUCUGUUCAUCUUCCCUCUCCCCCUGAGUUUUCUCCCUCACAGAUCCCGUCAGAGCUGCAUAUUGGACGCGCCAAGAUUAGCCAUAUUAGGCUGGUGAUUACUAAAUUAACUCCCUCUGCUGACAUGAAUUAUGAUGAUGCUGAUAUGCCUAGUCAGUACACAUCCACCUCAUCCGGCCAUCAUCAUCAUCCGUCGGCCCAAAACCCAUCCAUUUUUCAAAGGGACUAUCACAGUGGGGAUGCUAUUUAUGAGAACGAUGUAUAA